UUUCAGGUGAAUCAGUCCCCAAGUGCUUCUUUCAACUUGUCAUUUGGGUUUGAGUUUGAUGCCGCAGGAUUGUCAGAAGUUGAUAAAAUGGAGCAAUUACAUCUCUGUCCUAACCCUGCUCUGCAAUCUCCUGUAACUGUGCCUCCAAAGGAUGCUGCAGAAGGCAAUAUUACACCAAAGAUGACCCUACAGGCCUUCACUCCACAUAUUAACAGUGGCAAAACGAAUGGAUCUGCAUUGAACAAGUUUGGACGUGCCAGGGAGCGCAUUUCUACACCUAUUGAGGACUCCGAACAUGUGGCACUGUUUUUGUCAACUCACUCACCUGUGUUUUCUCCUGUCACUGGUGCUUUCGAAAAAUUUGAAAAUAGCAAUGACAAGUCACAAGCUUUGAGAAGGAGUUUGGUGAAUCAAGCUGCUCAUGAUAGCAAAAGGUAAAGCCAUUAUCAUAAGUAAUAUAGAUAAUAUAAUAUUUUAUAAACUAACUAAGAUAGUAAGUGCAUUCUGAUUGGUUAAAAACCUAUGGUUUAUUAUGCCUGGCCCAGUAAACUCAUAGUUUACUUAAAGUUAUUUUAUAAAAGCAAUAGACCACACUUUCUUUGGGUUUACUGGCUUGAUAACCAACUUGGGAUGUUGGGAGAACACUUGAAAAGCUUUUAAACCCGGAGUAGUCAAUCAAUAAAAAUCGGUAUUGAUUUAUCAAUCAAUAAAUCGAUAAAAAUCGGUAAACCUGAUCUGAUUGAUAUCAAUUGUAUCAAUCAAUCGGUAGAAUCAAUGACACACUCGUUUCGUUUAUCGAUUUAUAAAAAAAUUAAUAUACUAUUAGAUUUUACCCAUUCCGUUGAUUUUUAUCGGAAGAUACAUCUGUUCUUCUGUUCAUCCAAAAAUGAAAACUGAUUUCUUGCAAACAGUGAAUUUGUUGACAACUGAGUUGCAAUUGAGAAUUCAAGGAUCAAACAAUUUAUUAUCACUUCUUUAAAAAAAAGUUUAAAAAAUCUUAUCUUUUCUUUAAAACCUGCUAGGCGCUUUAAAGUCUUCUUCUGAUGACCAGUAUUGCUCAGGUUUUUUAUUUUUUCCGGUUUUUGCACAAUUUAGAUCUGCCACCCUUUAGUUUAUCAAUUUUCACCAAUUUCCGUCAUCAAUCUUGAUUUUUAUCAAUACCGAUUUUUAUUGAUUGACUACUCUGGGUUGUAAAUCACUCGCCUCAGCUCAUGAUUUACAAGUUUUUCUCGUGUUCUCCCAACAUCCCGCAUGGGUUAUCACGCCGGUAAACUCAUAGAAAGUGUAGUCUAUUGCUUAAAUAACUUACAUCAGGUUCUUAAAAAUCGAGGUGAAGCCAAGAGUUUUUACCCCUGAUAAUACAAGACUGUGAGUUUUUUGAACAGCUUCAAAAUCUCUGAUAUAGAUCAACUCAUUACUGCACUAAUAUUUAGAUUUGGGCUUAUUUUGGUCUAAAAAAUUGAACGUUAAGUUUAGCCACGAGUGUCUUUAUUAGAUAUUGCGACAGUCAUUAAACAUUAAUUUCUUGUGUUUUUCCUUUAUGAAUUAUUAAUGACUUUCUAAAUUAUUUUUCCUGCCUACUUGCUUUCUGUCCACUUGUUCCUCCUAGGUUCUGGGGCCAAACAAUGGUUCUUAGGUACAGAAGAGUUCACUUAAUCAUUUAAGAAUUUAUGUAUAGUCCCUUUUUGGUUAUACUGUGAGUGCCAAUCACAAUAAUAAAAAAAUUGGAACUGUCUCUUUUUUCAUCUUCCACAUUUGGGCUAUUUCAGUUUCCGAAUUAAUCCUUAUGCUUUGAGGGUUUCUUGACUACCUUUACUGAAGUAUCUGUCAGAUGGUAAUGCCAAGUCAAUGAUUUGGCAUUUAUUAUUUUUAUCAUCCUUUAUCAUGAUGCUAGGUUUUUUAUAAUCAUAAAUUAAUACUAAUUAUUUAUUACUACUAUCUGCUAUUUUUUUCUUUAGUCAGCUAUCAGCGGCUCUUUCAGCGUCUCUCAGUAGGAGCAUCCUCGAGCCUGAAGUUAGCAGCUCUGGGAACCCCUUGGAGCUAUCCUCCUGGGGUCUCCCUCCUGAGGUCCUGAGAAAGUACAAUGAGAUGGCGAUCACACAUAUGUUUGAGUGGCAAGCUGCUUGUCUGCAAACAGGAAAGGUACUCACAGGAGGUGAGUUAGGAAGAUUUUAUUUUUACAAGUGAAAAUUAAUAGAGGGGGAAGCUGUGCCCAAAGAAACCUUAUACCUUUUAUUUAAAAAUGGUACCCCUUUCACAUACCUAGUUUUAAUAGAACAUUGUAUGAAAUUCCUUUUAUCUGCUCUAAAUGCACUGUCUUUUAAAUAUGAAUAUGGUCAACUCUUUGUUAAUGGACACCUCUAUUACAUGGGCACCUCUCUGUAAAACAGGUCUACACCUAGAAUUGGUCUCUCCCUUUAUUUGACUCUCUACAAGACGGAAAUCCCUCUUAGAUGGAUACUUAGUGUUGGUCCUGAAGGUGUCCAUCUUUAAUAAAGAGAGCUGACUGUAAAACACCGAAGCAGGAAGUUUUUUUUGGCCUUUUCUCACAUAGCCAAAAGACGCAUCUGUUUGCCCUUUUAGCUCCUUUCACAGACUGCUAUGACAAAUUUCCCUACCCUUUCAUAAAGUUCUACUUGUGAAAUCCCUACCAUAAUUAUGUCCAAAACCUGAAAAAGGUACCUCUUUUGGGUGGAACCAGUCUUCGUAGGCCAAUUUUGGAACCCGCCCCAGGCUCCAGGCGUCAUGUCUUUUCAUGGGAGUAGCCUGCAUAGCGGAUACCUGUACUUUUAUCAGUUCAGUUUUACAACAUUUACAUCUUUUUAGGUCAAUUGCAAAGCUCUUUUGGAUUUAUGUCUUCAACCGCCGUCACAACAUAAACAGAUAAAUGAAAUAAAAUAUUUAAUACAAUGUAUUACUAAAUGGCACGCAAAAAGAGCGUUACCUGUGAGAGAGGGAGACUCACGCAUGUCCUUUUCCCUCUUAAACGUUGCUUAUGAUCUCACCUUAUAUUCCAGGUAUACAUGUAUUUCAUAAGUACUUGCCACACAGGCUGAAAAACUCUCUUUGACGAUACUAGGAGCUUCACGUCCGGGGGGGUUGGGCGGGGUACUCAACAAAGCUUUAUGGGAGGCUCCACCCUGAGGUCCCAACCUGUUACCCUUUUACAUACCAUUUUUGACAGAAAAGGUAUCCCUUUCAUAUACCUUCUAUUGACAAAUGGUACCCCUUUCACAUACCCAGCUUACAACUAUGCAUCCCUUUUCACUACCGUAAAUUUACAGUCUUUAAAAAUAAUAUGAUCAAUAAAUCUCUAACCAAACUGAACGUUUUCACCUUGAGUUCAUAAAAUGCAUCUCUUAGCCCUUCUGGGCCUUUUUUACAAACCAAAAUGACAUAUUUUCUACCCUUUCAUAUACCGUAAAAUUCCGAAAAUAAGCCCCUCCAUGUAUAAGCCCCUCCAAAUAUAGGCCCCCCAAACACCGGUAACGCAAAAAACCCUCUGUUAAAUCGCCCCUCCAAAUAUAAGCCCCCCCCCCCGAGGGCUUGUAAUUGGAAUAUUUCCCUCAAAUACAAAGUAAAACGAAGCAAAAACGGUAAAUUUACCUUCAACUGUAAGGCUAGCCCAAUCGAUUUUGAGACGCAAAUUUCCCUCCAUAGAUAAGCCCCUCCGAAUAUAAGCCCCUCCGAAAAUAAGCCCCUCAAAAAGGGCCUUUGAAAAAUAUAAGCGCCGGGGCUUAUUUUCGGAAUUUUACGGUACUUCAAUAAGUGAAAUCCCUAUCCUUUCAUAUACCUGAGGUCUGGAAUAGGUUACCCUUUCUAGCGGAGCCUCCCUGUAUAUGCCAUUAUAGGGAGUACCCCCCCCCCCGGGGGGGGGCUUCACGUAGUUUAGAUCAGUGGUUAAAAUGUCGAUAUGUUUCUUGCAGGCAAUUUGGUGUAUUCGGCCCCGACAAGUGCAGGGAAAACCAUGGUAGCAGAGCUACUUAUGUUAAAACGAGUGCUGGAAACAAAGAGGAAAGCGCUUUUUAUUCUGCCCUUCAUCAGCGUCGCACGUGAAAAAAUGUUUUACUUGCAGGUAAUUAGCGAAGCUGUAUGUAGUAUGUAAAUGAAAUUGCUUGAAUAGUCAGUUUGCAUGGGUGUGUUUUGACAAAUGUUUUCCUAAAUACCGUAUUUAUUCGAUUAACCGCCCUGGGCGCUUAUUAAAUUUUUGGACCUUGAGAGUGGGCGCUUAUUCGAGGCUAGGCGCUUAUUGAAUUUUCACCAUUUUCAGCGAGUGAAGUAUGUUUAUUUGGCCAAAAAAAAAACAAUAAUUGCUAAUAACAAGACGCGAAGAAGUAACAAAGCAAGGUUUCUGUAAAAUACUCCGAAGAAAACUCCGUCCUCAGGGAAGUCUAUUAUUAGAACUUAUUCACUCAAGUGGGUGGGGUGGGGGUGAGCGCUUAUUUAAUUUGGUUGGGAGGAGGAGGGGUGGGCGCUUAUUUGAGUUUGAUUGGGAGGAGGAGGGGUGGGGCGCUAAUUCGAGGCUGGGCGCUUAUUAACUUUUUCUGCCUUUAGGAUGAGCGCUUAUUCGAGGUGGGCGCUAAUUCGAACUGACAAGUUGAAGUGUCAGUCACGUUUGCGUGCAGUGCCCUUCUAAUGUAGAUGGUCAUUGCGUCGGAAGGGCGAAUUUCUAAAUGCAUUUCUUAUCGAAUUUUUGUCUAUUUUUUGCGCAACUUUAGCUGCCGUCUCCCCAUCAUCCCUCUUGGUGGCCGCGCUCUCUAUUCGUAAUUGCUACUAAUAGUUAAUCUAUUCACUAACGAAGGAAACGAUGCCUUAAGAUCUUCUUUAACAACCGUACUCUACUUGUUUUCUGUCAUAACUUUGUAGUAAAGAUUAAAAAUUUUUAGACCGUCAGUGGACCUGUUCAGGACAACAUACUUCUAAUACAAAUGCAAGGAAGCCAUUUAGCGAAAGGAAGAAGUUAGCUCGAAUAGCAAACUUCGCAGCGUUUUCUUUUCAGAUUUUCUUCAGAGUGUCAUUUUGUAACGUGCAUUUGGCGUGGGUAGCAGAAGGAAGAUAAAUCAAGCAGGAUACGAUGACGACCGUAGACGAAAUUCAAACUACGAAAACUGCGAAUUUUCACAUCUUUGAACUUUCGUCCUUUUUAAAGUUCACGCCAACCCCGACGUUUACAAUAAGGCAAAUGAGGCAAAAAAAUUAAAACAAAGAUUCGCCCUUAUGCGAGUUUUGCCAUACCACGUGCGUUUAUGAGGGUGUAACGGCUUUUAUGCACAACUUAGUCAUGUCUUGGUGAAAGUUAAAAGCGCCUCUGUCUUGAAGAACCAUUCCGUAGAGCAAUCACCUCCUUCCUUUUCAUUCAGUUUUGAAAUACAAGCUCCUGGCCCUAGUUUUUCGAAAGGUGGAUAUAUAGCGCUCUUCACUGGAUAAAUUGGUUUCCCUAAUACAUUUUCGCUGGAUAGUGAUUUAUCCGGUGAAUAGCGCUUUCCAACAUGUAAUACUGAGAUCACAUCUGAAUUCAAAGCCUGUUUAUAUUGUGCAAUCCACUCAAACCCUCAAGACUUGAAAGUCUCAAUUCUUUUCUUCUUUUGUUUUUCAGCGUCUGUUCCAGGAGGCAGGGGUACGAGUUGAGGGGUACAUGGGCAGCCACGCCCCACCCGGGGGGUUUGUAUCUGUAGACAUAGCGGUUUGCACCAUAGAAAAAGCCAACAGUCUGCUGAACCGGCUGCUAGAGGAGAACAAAGCGCUGUCUUCUCUUGGAAUUGUUGUUGUGGAUGAAAUGCAUAUGAUUGGUGAUUCACAUCGUGGCUAUCUGCUAGAGCUGUUUUUGACCAAAAUACGAUACAUCGCUGGGUGUAAUGGUGAAACAGAAGCGGAUAGAAGUGAAGGUAAACUAUUGACACUGAAUUACCACUAUGAAGGGGUUUUAGAUUCAGCAGAAAUCAAAGUCUCACGUGCUUUUCUCUUUCCUCAUUUUUCUUUUUGUACGAAAAUAAGCUGACCACCUUCUCGGUCACCUAGAUGGUAAAUCAAGCGUGAUUCGAUCAAACAUGAUUCCUCUGCCUUAUGUAUUCUAAAGCAGGAAGAUUUUUAAUCAUUUCAUAAUUUGCCUUUGGUUCACAGCGAGAGAAACAUUAACGAAACAGUUCAAUCUAUGUUGCUGAUUUUAGUUGUCAUAAAAGCAUAUCACACAUAGGUAAAUUAAUAUUUCUUUUGGAAUUGCUAAUUCUCCAACCAAAUGAACUUUCUGUCUUUAGAGCUUAUUAAGACAUUUUUAGGAGACGUAGUGAUCGAGUGGUUAGAGCGUCGGACUUGUAUUCCGGAGGCCCCAAGUUCAAGUCUCGCUCUGACCGCUAGCUGGAUUUGUUCUCGGUAGUCUCGAGUUCAAAUCUUCAGCCACGCUUGUAAGUAGCCAACUGGUUUGCCUCCUACCAGGCGGGAUUCUUAAUCAUGUUAUGCUCAAUUUGAAUUAUUUGUUUCAUAAUCCCUGAAAAGCCCCGUAAGAGUAGAGGAUAAUUAAGUAUUAAGAAUUGAGAUUUUUUAAAAUUUGUUUUUAAUAUAUAGAGGAUAUUACAUGGCCGCGCGGAGAUACGAAAUUUCUCUUCUCGUGUUGAAAAAUAUUUUCAAUAUAUAUUUUCAACACGAGAAGAGAAAUUUCGUAUCUCCAAGCGGCCAUGUAAUGUUCUAUUUAUUAUACAAACACCAAUGAAAUACCAAACCAUUUCACUGAAACAGUUUUUUCCUGCGAAAGGCGCGAUUUAUUAUGUAACCACAGCAACGGUGAUAUUUUCACAUCUGAAAAUAUCAUGUUAUUUUCGCGUGUGAAGAUAUCAUGUUUUCGCGUGAAAGCUCACCUGGUAUUUCAUUGGUGUUUAUAUAAUGAAAAUAUGUUUUUAUCGCCUCAUGGUAUUUGACACGCCGACCUUGUCACGAGAUAAACAAUUCCUGUAUGUACUCCUCUAAGUACCUGAAUACUGACAUAUACAUUCUUUUUAUAAACUAAGGUUAAGCUAAUUGAAAUAGUUCGACAAGCUUUCGUUCAUUGACACCCUCCUUUGACUUUGCAGUAAACGACACAUCGCCUGCGAUACAGAUAGUUGGCAUGAGCGCAACCUUACCCAACCUUGACAUGCUCGCAAAGUGGUUGUCCGCUGACCUAUAUUUCACCGACCAAAGGCCUGUACCGCUGACCGAAAUGAUCAAAGCAGGCUCGACUCUUUAUGACGCCAGCAUGAACAAGAUUCGAGAAAUCAGAGGUGGCACUGUCAGCGGAGAUGAGGAUCACGUGAUUCCUUUAUGCAAGGAGACGAUAUCGGAAGGACACUCUGUCUUAGUCUUCUGCCCGACAAAAAACUGGUGUGAGAAGCUGGCAGAGUCUAUUGCUAAGCAUUUUUUUGACACUGGAAGCUUGGCUGUUAAGGAAAGUAAUAUUUCUUCUGCUACAGGUGGUGGAUUUGUCAAAGCUUCAGAGCUACUAACGUUUGAUUAUAUGGCACUGAAGGAAGUAAUAGAACAGUUAAAACGCACACAAGUAGGCUUGGACUCAGUCCUCUCACGCACAGUCCCUCACGGGGUCGCAUUUCAUCACGCAGGACUCACCUUUGACGAGAGAGACAUUAUUGAAGGAGCCUUUAGACAAGGGUCCAUUCGAGUACUCGUGGCGACCUCUACAUUGUCGUCAGGUAAGAUCCCACAGAAAAAAUGGUCCUUUCUCCCGCUAUUAAAACAUCAAAUGCAAUUCAUAGAAAUUCUUAUUUAAUAAAAGCUUGCAAUCUACAAGAAAACUUUCUUUAAAACAUUAUUCUUAUACAGAUAUAUUCCCUAGUUCUCCUUGACCACAAUAAUCUUGUAACAGCUUCAGGCUUUGUAGCCUUGCAAUAAAGCGUUGACUGUAGCUUGCUCUUAGAAGCAAGGAUGGCACAGUUAAUUAUUUCCAGAUCCCAAGUUCGAUCCACGUUGACAUCACAUCUUUCUUUCAUCUUCUCUCCUUUCUUUUAGCUUUAACUAACUUUAAAUACCCUUAAAACGGAGCGUUGAUGGAGGGGUGGGGGGGGAGGGGGAGGGGGGGGGGGUAAAAUGAGCUCACCAUCGACCUCCAGUUUAUCAGUCGAAUUACUUUCGCGAGUUAUCGACGUAAAAUAUGGCUGCUUAACCUUUUUUAUUAUUUUCAGGCGUAAAUCUCCCUGCGCGGCGCGUCAUAAUCCGUACUCCAAUAUUUCAUGGUAAACUUGUUGAUGCACUGGUGUAUAAACAGAUGGCUGGCCGCGCAGGUCGCAAAGGAGUCGAUGCGCUGGGAGAGAGUGUCCUUAUAUGCAAACCCGCUGAACGACAGAAGGCAGCUUCGCUUUUGAAUUCUCAGCUAAAAGCUGUUCACAGCUGUUUGCUAGGUAUGGAUAAAGUUUCCAUGUUUGUAUGUCGAGUUUUCAUGGGCGCGGUUUUGUUGGAAUAGGUCUAGUAUAUAUGUAUGGGCAUGCUGUUUACCUGUCAAAGAGCUGGAUGCAGAACGCAGCUGCCAGUUUUAUCUGCCAUAUAUAUUGGACGCUUUGAUCACAUCACUACCUACCUACGCGGGCUAUUAAUUAGACACAGAAUUCAGUUUCAAAUCUUACCGUUCAGCUAUAAAGCCUUAAAUGGACUUGCUCCUGCAUAUAUUACGUAACUUUUUAAAGGUAGGCGUAUCUCUGUUAAUAGAAUAAUCUCAUUUUAUUGUUUAUAGCAAGGGGAUAUCCCUUCGUUUUCUUUAUUUUAACUUCAUAAGCUAUUAUGAACAAAUUAAUGUAAUAUUCACGGACGAGAUUUUCAAUCAAUUCGUGCCUUGAUAACAAGCAAUUGUUGCAGGUAAUUAGCAAAUAUUUCAUGAGGCAGAGUAUGAUCUGCGAAUUAUCCAUAUCGAUUAGGGUGUUAUCUCCGUUUUUUAAAAUCAAAGUUCGGUUAUUUGUUAAAAACAGGUGAAGUUUUCCGCCAUUUUCUCCAGCAAGUGACCUCGUCCUCAAACGUCUUGCUUCCAAACCAGUGAACUAUCGGCUGUUUUCUUGUGCUAAACGGAGCAAAACACAUGUCUUUUGAUCGCACACGCAUUGAAAGGCUUUGGCAUCAGAACAAGGCCAGCUUCGGGUUCCAGGGUCGGCAGUUCGCAUCCAGGGGGAUUCUUGAAUUUGAAUCUGUGCAGAAGGCGAGCCAACGUAAGGAAAACUUGAAUCCUUGCUAGAGAUUCACCUGAACAAACACGACGACCAGCUGAAAAUGGCAGAAAGACAUCAGCUUUUGGAGGGACAAAAUUUCCAUCUUCGUCCAGGAACCUUUGGGGCUUAAAUUCGUUUGGAGCAUCCCAGAGGUCCGGAUCGUGAUGUAGGGACCAUAAAUUUACCAACACAACGGUUUCUUUUGCGAUUUGAUAUCCCUGUAGUGUUGUAUCUACGGUCGCUUUAUGAGGGAUCGCCAACGGCCCAGGAGUCGAAAGGCGCAAGGUCUCUGCAAUUGUGGCUUGCAACAGGGGAAGGCUUUUCUCGUCCUUGAGGUCUGGCAGACGAUUUGGUCCAAUAACAUGAUCCAACUCUUGAUGUAACAGAUCUUGGAUUUUUGGAUUGUGAAUGAGGUAGAGCAGCGCCCAGCACAAAGAACCUGAAGUGGUUUCCAUUCCAGCAAUAAACAUCUCACUUAUUGUUAAGAUAAGUUGCUUAUCCGUGAGAAGUUCUUUGAUUGACGCAUUGUCUUUUACAGCCUCCAUUUUAGCCUUCAACAUGGCGUCUGUCAAAUCUUGAGGGUUCUGCACUCUGUUAGCCUCCACAUGUUCCCAGUAAAUCUUUCCUAUCAACUCUUCUCUUUCCUUGCAGCUUUGUUCUAAAGUCUUGAUCGAGUUGAAUGGUAUGAACGAGAGCCACGGAAACACGUCCACCACACUUCCUGAUGAAAGCAUUUUCGCUACACCCUUGGUCAUUUCAAGAAACCUAGUAACCUCAGGGUCAUUUAUUCCAUAUUUUGAACCAAACACCAAUGCACAAAUCACAUUCAUCACAGCUAAGCUAAUACCUUUUGUGAUGUCUUGUGGCUGUCCAUUUCUGGAGCCUACCCUUUCUAAGAGAUGGUCAAGUUCCUCAUUGAUCACUUUUCCUUGUUUUAGCACUUGUUUCACAUACAUUUUAAGCGCCGAGACGGUAAUCUUGUUAUGAAGUCGCCAUUGAUUUGAAUAGUCAGCAAAACCAAUCGCUUUACCUUGUGAGUAAACCUCUGCAGUAUAAAAUCUUGGACGACCGGCAAAUUCGGCUGACUUUCUAACAAGAACUUCUUUGAUAGCAUCUUGGCCGCUAACAACGAUUACAAGCUGGCUGCCGAGGUACAACCUAAAGACGUGACCAUAUAUUUUCUCCAUUGCCAUGAGGUCAAGAUGACGUGUCUCGGCCGCUAAUUUGUGUGCAUUUCCAAUAAUUGGUAAAGGAAAAGGACCAGGUGGAAGAUUUCUGGUUUCAGAGAGGCGAUUUACAACGAAUAUGGCGAGGAUAACUGCCAAAAGAUACCACGCGAACUCUUCAAACAUCUUUACGGUUAUUACGUGAAGAGCCUCCACCGACAUGUUAAGGUUCACGAUUUGGGAAUUGAAUAAUUUACAACAACGUAACGCUCGAAAUGCUUAUCAUUUUUUCCCCAAUUUUCUAAUCCCAAGUCGCCCAAGCAUAAAAUUAGGGUGUCAAUUACACCCCAAAAAUGUGGCAAUAAAGGAAUACCUUGAACUCGAGGGAUUCUUAAAGAUUUCUCAGCCCGGCCUCCGUCUACACGAAUCAAGGUAUUUUGGAACCGCAAAUUGACGGAUUUACUGGUUAAGGUUUCGUGUAAACGGAAGCCCGAUUGGCCUAUAAAAAAAGCCCUGAUUCGCUUGGACGAGACUUCAGACCUUUCUUCGGCCAAGCCUGCCAUCAGACCCAUUUUUAAGUGAUGUUUACCCUGAGGGAAGUUGUCUUAUUUCACGCUGUGUGAAAGUAGUAGCCUGCUCACAUACCAUCUAUUUUCUCUUAUGAGUCCGCCGAGCGCGCGUGAUAAAAAUAAAAACAGCGGGGGAAUUAAAUGACCGCUAGCGCAAGGGGGUAGAGGUAGGGGAAGACGAAAAUUAUUUUUCUUUCUCGCGCUCGCCGAUUAUCGAAAAGAAGAAUAAAGCAACAUCUGUGUACAGGCUGUGAAGGUAGACAUUCAGUAAUGGAUACUAACUUCCUAUCUCUUUUAGGCAAAGAAGAUAAUUGUGGAAUAAAACGUGCCCUUCUUGAGGUCAUUGCUAGCGGAGUGGUUACUAGGCCUCAAGAUGUGGAACGUUACGCGGCCUGUACCUUCUUCGCCUCAGUCCCCUCGCAAGAAAAUGCAAAUGAUUCAGAUGCUAUUAUUAAGACGACUGUGCAGUUUUUGGUACAAAAUGAAUUUGUUCGUUUACAAAAGUGUGGCGAUGCAGACCGUGAUGGAAAUAAAGAAAAUCAGAACGGCAUCGAGGAGGUAACAUUCAAUUAUGUGACACUUUUUCAUAAAUUUGGGCAGAUGAAAGGAGCUGUUAUGAAACGAUCUAAAUGAGGAGUGGUAUAUUAUUAUUGGCCUCUGUGCGCUAUUUAACUAGUAUUACGUCUCUCUAUUACUUCUAUUGAUUCUCUCAUUGCAUGUGCUUUGGUAUCAAAGUGAUCUUUUGAAUCUGUUUUCUCUCAUCUCCUCAAAACCAGAACUUUUAACUCAACGACGACUUUUUAUAUUAACAGCCGACAUUUCUUGACGCCACCACUGGUUUCCCCAUGAAAUGACGUCUGAGAAACGAGCGUAGAAAUUCCACACUGAUGACGCGUCACAACCCAGAUCUGGAUAGUGCUUCUGAUUGGUCGUGCUGCAUGGGAAAUUUGUUUCAGCCAAUCAGAAGCAAUACCUAGAUCUGGGUAGUGACGCGUCAUCAGCAGGGAAUUUCUGCGCUCGUUUCUCAGACGUCAUUUUGUGGGAAAACCAGUUUAUGGCAUCGGCUGUUUCCUCAGGGUAGCCUUAUACGACUGUUUUUUAGAUUUUGUUGUUUUUCCUACCCGCUUAGGAAAUUUAACCUGAGUUAGAGUUGCUUAAAUUAGAAUUUUCAAAAUCAAGAGAAGAAAGCCAUCGAACGGCGAGCCCCUGCUCAUUUUAGUCUUUUUACGGCGCUUUCUCGAAUAAAAUGAAAAAGGUAGUAAGAAACAGGACCCUCUAACAACCUCAGCCUUCUUCACUUUUUCCGUUGCUGUCAUGGUCCGGCUACUACUGAUAGCUGGAUUGUCAGUGAGUUAAACCUGGACUGAUUCUAAAAAAUAAUUGAUAAGACGGAUCCUGUUUGGUUCAAUUGCAGGCUGAAAAGGGUGAUGAGAGAUACGUACCAACUCAGCUAGGUAUGGCUACGUUAUCGUCAGCUCUAUCCCCGGAUGAGGCUCUUGUGGUGUUUUCUGAGGUGCAGAAGGCCCGCAAGUGUUUCGUACUUGAGAGCGAAUUGCACAUUAUUUACCAGGUGAGGGGGAAACCAGACUUACCGUAAAAUUCUUGACGCGAACGCUCAUUUUCAUACACCCCAAGCUGAGUCAUGGCUAGGAAGUGGAGGGCAUGGAGACGAUGUGAUAACUAGCGUAUUUUUUUACGAAAACAGGAAUAUGCAGGAUAACAAAAACUUGUUUAUACCAAAAUCGUAAUAAAUAGUACCGUUUAACAGGUUCCCACGUGGAUUUACAGAUGAGAGGAGUUUUAAUUAAAGCUUUUUAGAUUCCAAUGAAAUUUUUAGGCUCUGUUUUUAUCGUUUGUUUCAUAUUUUUUUUUUUAUUCAAUUUAUAUAUCUUGUAAGCCAUCAUUUUAACGUAUUCAUUAUUUGUAAAUUAAUUACUUGUGUCACUGAAAAGCCCUCUUUAGGGAGUGUCAGUAAAGUUUGUAUAGUUUUUAUUGUUUUUGUGCUAAGAGGGGCCCUAGUGAGUGAAUCUGUGCUUUAUAAUCUCACAACAUUGCAUAAACAUUGUGUAACUGUUGACCAUCUAGGUUACUCCAAUAUAUAUUCAAGAUCAGUGGCCCAGCAUUGAUUGGUACCAGUACCUUCGUAUCUGGGAGCGCCUACCUACAAGCAUGCGCCGUGUUGGUGACCUGGUAGGAAUAGAGGAAGGAUUUCUCGCCAGAGCUGUGCGAGGCCGUAUAUUGACACGCACGGAACAACAGCGUCAAUCACUCGCCGUGCAUCGCAGAUUCUUUGCUGCUUUAGCUCUCCAAGACCUCGUUCAUGAAGUGCCACUCAAUGUAGUUGCCAGGCGGUACGGUGCAAACCGCGGCAUGUUACAGUCUCUACAAGGUUCCGCGGCAACAUUUGCGGGAAUGGUGACCGUGUUCUGCGAGAAACUUGGUUGGACUAACAUGGAACUGCUUCUCUCGCAAUUCCAGAGCCGAUUAUCUUUUGGCGUUGUGCGUGAGCUUUGCGACUUGGUGAGGAUAUCUCUCUUGAAUGCUGCGCGUGCGCGUUUGCUGUACACUGCUGGCUAUCACACCAUCGCUUCCGUGGCUGCAGCACCUCCCUCUGCGAUCGAAAACAUACUACACAACGCUGCUCCAUUCGUCAGUGGACUCAAGCGCGGUCAGGAGACUGAGACCGAGGUGCGUGAACGUAGCGAGGCACGCGUUAUCUGGGUCGCAGGACGGAGAGGCCUUACAUUGGGAAAUGCCGCCAAGCUUAUUGUCAACGAAGCUAAACAACUUCUGCAGGCUGACGUGGCACAACUUGGAAUUGAGUGGAAACCGUCAGAGACUGAAGAGAAUAAGUCGAAUAUUUCUAGUGUGGCUGAUAUAAGGCCGAAUAAUGGCAUUGCUCGGUCAACAGUCACUUUCCAAAGUGGUGCAGGGGCAAGAGUUCCUGCCAGAACAGAUAAAGGUUGUAAAAUGAAUGUUGAAAAAUCGAACGCAAAAUCCUGCGCGAGUGAUCCUUCAACUGACUUACAAAGGAAUAGGUUGCAGCCCGCACAAACUGGAAUUACCCCGGAUGGUAGUCAUGGCCAAGAAAUAGUUAAGUCAGGAAAGCAAGUGAAGCAAGUGGUUGUUCCAAGCUCUCUUGCAAACAAAGUGCCCAUCAUCUCCAGCGUCGGGUCGUCUUUGGCAAAUGUCCCGCCAAAGGAAUCAGUAAAUAAUGAAGCCACUGAUCAUGACGUAACGUGUCGAGCGAAAGGCAAGAUAACGGAGAGUGUGGCUUCAAAAUUGAGAUAUGAGGAUUGCGCUUCAACAUCGGUGGCCCAAUUACAGCCGACAGUUACUUGUCACGCUAAGGAAAAGCCUCACACUGUCUCGAGUCCUUUACUGACUUCCGAUGACGUUCCUCGCUCGAGAAAGAAACGACGCUCGCCAAUUUCUGUUUUACCCGGACCACAAGAAAAAUUAACGAAAAAAGAAACAGCGUCUGUGGAUAUAUCGGAGGUGCCAAGAUCCGGUCCAAAUGAGUCAGAAAACGCGUCCAUUGUUGCUGAAGUUUCUUCUGAUUCUAAACUUUGUAACGAGGUGCAGUCCGUUUCGGUGGAGUUGUAUUCAGAGCCAUUUGAAGGAGAGGAACCUGCUGUUCAGGUAAAACCGGUUGCCGGUGAGCGGAAUGAUAAUCACGUGUUGUUAGAUUCUCAAGCACUGGCUGCGUGUAGUUUGAGUGACACCUGCCUCAUGGAGUGUGACGUCAUGAUUACCGAUUCAGGACGAAAUCCAGCGGCGCAUGCGCCUCCUGUUAAACGAAAAGAUUCUCCUUCAAAAGUCAUGCGCGACAGAGACACCAUUGUUGUCAAGCCUCCGUUCGGUAAUGUUGCUGCGGAUCAAAGUCAAGAACUUAUUGGUGAAUAUGACACCCAACCGCGACUUCCCGGUACUGGAGAGUUUCACGUGGAGCGAAGUUUUGAGCUCGUAUCAUCGUUGACCUCUCCUGUACCUCACUCAUCUAGAUCCCCGUCUGCUAAUAAUGACCUAGUCUCUCCUAACAUAGCACACUCGUUUUCCCUUCGUCUUUCAUCUAGCGAUGGUUGCUUAGAUUCUGAUCUGUCCACGUUGGCUGCGGUCGAGUUAAUCGAGAAAGAAGCUGAGGCGAAAAAUAUAGAAGGAAAAACAGAGACAGCUGCGAUUUCGGGUGACGAUGGUUUUACUAAAGUUAAGGAAUUAAAAAUCCUGAUUGUUUCCGGUCACGUGCAAGAAAAAUCACCAGCAAAGAAGAUACCACGUAAAGAAUUGCAAGAAGAUCUGGAAAAUAAAGGUAGCGAGGCGCUUGAUUCUGAUUUAGUUCCUUCUACGCCACCAGUAGAAAAGAAACCUUCCCAAGACGAUUUUAAAACCAGAACUUCAGCGACUCCUUUGUCUACAAGAAAACGGCUCUCACCAAGAUACUCCCGUUCUUCUAAUACCCCGGAUGAAGGGCUGGCCAUUGUCGAUGUCACGGGACACGAGCGAGUUUUCUCCAUGUUCCUGAAAGAAUGGCGCAGUCAAACGCGCUACUCGUUGGCAGUGGCUUGUGAGCGCGUUGUUGAUAAUGUUCCUAGGAUUGGAGGCCGAUUUACCACUAAUGUGCCAACGUCGGAAGGAACCUCGCGAGGACUCACAGUUGAAGGGGAGGAUCAGGUAGUUGUCGGAAUUGCGGUUAGCUGGGGCGACAAAGACGCUUAUUACGUGUCUUUUAAGGAACAUGCUCAGUCAUCACCUAACCAAGCGGACGACAGUCAGACUGAGUCAGCAGUCGAUAAUAACCUGACUCUUGAUCGUCGUGUAAACGCAUUAAAGGAUGUUGUUCAGUUCUUGACUGAACCAGGCCGGUUCAUGGUUUGUUUUGACGUCAAGGAGCACUUUAAGGUAAGAAAAACUGAGUAAGUUAAUCUUGUCGAAUGAAAGGGAAAUGGAGAGCAAUGGGCUUUAAAAAUUGAAUUCUAUUUUCAAUUAAUACUACCGCUGUGAUCAGUGGUUGGUAUACAGUAAAAACCCGCCUGUAAGAACCUACUCUUUUAAGAAUUUGCUGGGAGAAAUGUACCAUUUUUAUACUCAAAAAUAUAAGAACCUGUUUAGCCAAGCAAGAUCAAGCAUGUUCUCAUAUAUUUGGAUCAUAGUUAAAAUUUGACGACCAUUUUAACCAAGGAGUUAGACUUUGAGAUUGUAAAUUUAUAUUGCAUGAAAAUGCUUGAUUUAUGAACUUUAUUUUGUCAUUUUUUUAUUCUACAACUUGCGUUAUGGGGAUAACGCUACAUUGUAUAUAUACUGUAAUCAGUUUAGUUGGGCCUAUAAUAAUACAGUGAAGAAAUACUGUAUAUUUAAGGACCAAACAAACCAAGUUUGACCAAACCCAAGUUUUACUGGUAGUCAACGACCAUAUCUCCAUUGUAAUUAAGAACAUGAUUAUUAAUAAGAACCUACUUAGCCUAAAUUGCCAGUAACUACUCCAAAAUACAAGUACCCUUUUUUCCAAACUUCAAAAAAUGUAGGUUCUUACGUGCCGGUUUUUACUUUCCACAAGUAACUAGGUUCGUUCUCAAGUAAUGGCUUUGAAAAGUACACGUACGCAAUAACGCCGCAGGGAAGUAGCAGUAGAGAACUAAUGUUAUUGCAAUGUUGGAACAGUGUUUGUACAGCGUUUAAGCUGUAUUGAUGUUUGCGAAAUGCUGAUGAGCUGAUGUUAACCUCUAGAGUUCAUAAUUCUGGAUUCGAAUUUCCCAGCUAAAGCGUCGUUUGUGGUUAGUUUGCCCGCUACAGACGAUUCACGUGACUGAUUCUACUUGCUGUCAUCAAUUUACCAGCAGAAGUCGUUCGCAUAUUUACAUGGAGAUUGGGAUAUAGCUUUCAUCGUUUCCUUAUAAAUGCUCUGAGAAUUUUUUUUUGAUAAAUCAUGGUUUGGUUUCUUUUUGUCUUCGAUUAAGCUUAAUUAAAAUUUAAAUUUAACCUUGUUAUGUCAAAUUGAUGAUUUGUUUAUAUAAACACUGCUGAGGGUAAAUAAAAGAAUUACUUAUUUAUUGUAUUUGAUGGCAGUUUUUCUUUUCUUUAUGAUGUUUUAUCUUUUCAGACCUUUGCUCGUUCCACUGGCAUCUCUCUUAAUGGACCUGCGGAGGAUCCAAAGGUGGCAAAUUGGCUUUUGGAUCCAGGGGCUAAAGAAAGGAACCUCCACCAGCUUGUUGCGCAGCACCUACCUGAGGAGGCCCCUCUUCUGGAAGGUAAGUAUACGUAACGGACCAUAAUUUGCCUUAUAAUCAUUAAGCAUUUUUUGUUGUCAUUAUUUUGGCAUCCUCUGGAAUUACCAUUGUAGUAUUGACCUUUAAAAGAAGACGUGUUAAAAAAACGCUGCAAACCAUUGUAAACCACAAUAACGCCCUCCCUUCAUUUCAGGCAGUGGUGGUGGACUAGGUACUGGAGGCCUGGCACUAGCAUAUCAGUGUCAACAGAGUGGUCGAGUGAGGGCCUGUGUCGAGUCCGUCUUGGUUCUUUCGCUGAUGAACAAGUUACGGCCAUUGUUGGAAGCAGAGCAGAUUCUGUCGGCAUUUACAAAGGUUCCGUGUUCUUUGUUAUACAGUUCAUUUGCUAACAAUUGAAGGACUGAGCUUUUUUAAAGCAGGAUUAAGAUAGUAAAAGGUAGGCGCGAAAUUUGAAUCCAGAUCUGAACAUUUACAAAUUGAAUUAGCGAAUUCAGGUGAUUUUUUCUGCCUACAAUUUGAUGUUUGGACGCUCUAAUUUGUCUGGUUAAAGUUGACAGAGGAAAUUGCUUUUAAACAAAAGAAACAGAUUAAAAUUCGAACAACUGGUCCCUGGACAUUAUAAGCGCUUUUUCGGUCUGUUUUACACAAGGACCCAGCCUCAAGUGAUCAAAAAGUGGAUAGUGAUAUCUGCUGGAAUCGCUAUCCAGCUGAUAACACAAUUGGUUUCCCUAAGAGUUUUACGAUGUGUCGUGAUUUUUCUGCUGGAUAGUUGUAUCCUCUUUUUUUGAACAAAUGGAGCCAGGAUUACAAUGUUUUACUCUUGAAUCCCGAUAGGUGCGAUUGUCACAACUAGAUUAGCUUUUUCAGGGUGUCAAGAAAGUAUUAGCCUAACAGUCCUUUUAACUAGCCCUCUACACAUUUUUGAUGAGCAGGAUUGAUAACAGUUCUUCUGUAAUAUGAAUUCCAUGAAAACUUCACUUGCCCGUCGGGCAAGUUAAGAACAAAAAUCACUCACCCGAUAGCAAAAGCCACUAGCCCUUGGCUACUGGACACGACAUUAUUUGAACGCUGUUUGUAGUUAUUUUGGGUGUCCCUUAACUGUGUGUAUUUUUAGUUCUAUACCGUAUAUUUUUUCAAGUUGCUCAACUUACAGUUCAAAAUAAACGUUGUUGUUGUCAUUGUGACAAUCGUUUUCAAGCCUCUGACAAAUUUGCGAAUGAUCCGUUUUCGUCGAUGUAAAUGUUGUUUAACCUGUUAUUGUUAAACUAUCGUUGCGUCAAUUAUCACUGUAGGUAGAGAUGCCAUCUGUACUCUGCUUGGCUCGCAUGGAGUUAAACGGUGUCGGUUUUUCAGACGCAGAGAGCGAACGCCUUAAGAACAUCCUGCAAGCUAAACUGCGCACGCUCGAAGAGGAAGCAUACCGACUGGCCAAUCAUAGCUUCUCCUUGACCAGCCGUGAGGAUGUAGCACAGGUACGAGGCAGAAAAUGAUAAAAUUACCUCAUUCUCUCUUUUUUCUACUCUUUGAAACUCCUGGUUGCAGCAAUCUGCUGAAAAUUCGUAAAAAGCAUAUUUUUCCCAAACAAACAUUUGAAGGCGUGAGGGUUGUUUCCUUUCCUAUAAAAACAUUGAAGAAGGCUGAACGUCCUUUAAACUUUUUUCAAGCGUCAUCUGCAACAAUGUAUCUCGUGAGAAAGUUGGUUAUUGUUGAAUGUGUUUCGUUUACAGCUAGAUAUACAGAGGAACAGUUUUACAGAAUUUUCAUUUGUAAUUUCUAACACUUCCUUAAAGGGGCGGCUAUGUUACGCUAUGUGCUAUCUUUGUAAAAAGCUAAAACUUAGUUUUCACAUCAAUUGAAUUUCAAAAAUAAUGGGUAUCGGCAUUAAAACUGUUUGCUGUCGUCUGUUGCAAUGGAUGGCCAGGAUGGACACAGACUGAAACUUGAAUAAGUGUGCAAUCUACCAGAUCAUUUUGUGUACGGGUAAGAGCAUUAAGUAAUGAUUUCUGCCCAGAAUUGACCUAAAACAGCAACAUCCUUAUGACAAAGCCCAUUUAACGACGGCAUUUACUUGUGAUUUAACCUUCCUUACCACGGCCAACAGGUGCUUUUUAUCGAACUGAAACUGCCACAUGAUGAUGAUGGUCAGGCUACCAAAAGGAAGACCCUAGGCGUGACUCGGCGAGGAGCGUCACGGUCUACUAAGCACCUGAGCACUAAUAAAGACGUUCUGGAACGAUUGAAGCCACUUCAUCCGCUUCCUGGGUUGAUAAUUGAAUGGCGCCGCGUCAACUCUGCUCUGACUAAGGUCGUGUUUCCGUUGCAGAAGGAGAAGUGCUGGAGUACAAGGCUCAAUAUGCCAAGAAUUCAUUCCUCGAGUCAGACGCACACUGCCACGGGGCGAGUCUCGUUUGCAGAGCCGAACUUGCAGAACGUCCCGAAAGAUUUUCACAUCAAUUUACCAACAACAAUUGCCGAGAGUCCCCCGCCUGGAGCGUGGGGCGAGAAAGCUUCCUCAAAACGAGGCCGCAGAGGAAAUCGACGGAGCACGAUAAAUAUGAGACCUGAGUCGAGUUCGACAGGGGUGGCAGCAAAUUAUGCAGUGAGCAUGAGAAACGCUUUUGUGCCAUUUAAAAAUGGCGUUCUCUUUGCCGCUGAUUAUUCGCAGCUAGAAUUAAGGUUAAUCGCCCAUCUUGCAAACGAUGAACGCCUGCGAAGAAUUCUUAACGGGGGAGGGGACGUGUUUAGAAUGAUCGCAGGCGAACUUUAUCGAGUACCUGCGGAGUCGAUUAAGAAGGACCAACGUCAGCACGCCAAACAAGUUUGUUAUGGCAUAAUUUACGGAAUUGGCGCCAAAGCCCUCGGCGAGCAGCUUGGUCUUGCUGAGGAGGAAGCCGCAUUAUUUAUUGACAAGUUCACUUCCCGUUAUGUAGGGGUGAAGAGGUACCUGAAAGAAACAGUUGAGCAGUGUAAAGUACAAGGUUAUGUCCGGACAGUGACCGGAAGGAAAAGAUUCCUUCCGGCUAUAAAUUCACCAAACCCGCAUGCGUACAGUCAGGCGGCAAGACAAGCGGUGAAUACCACAGUCCAAGGAUCAGCGGCAGACUUAGUGAAAACAGCCAUGGUAAACAUCGACAAGACGUUAGCACUCGAAUUUCCAACCUCUGUCGUGACUCACAGGCAUUCCUCUCCGGAUUUGCAGUCAAAAGGAGAAAUCCGGGGGAGGCGCCCACUGUGUAGCCUCCCCCCUCCUGUCGGUGGAUAUUUUGUUUUACAGCUUCACGAUGAGCUCAUAUUUGAGGUUUCGGUAAAUGAACUGAGGAAAGUGGCCGAGAUUGUUAAAACGGAAAUGGAAAACGCUAUGAAACUGUCAGUAGCGUUGCCUGUUAAAAUGAAGGCUGGUCCUUCAUGGGGAAAUAUGGCAGAAUUUGAGUUGUAA